AUGAUGAUGAUGACUGGCCGUGUGCUGCUGGUGUGUGCCCUCUGCGUGCUGUGGUGCGGUGUCUGCGGUGGUGGAUGUUCUGAAGCAACUCCUCCAGGUUCUCCAACUUCUCGAGGUACUCCGCUCGAAAAGAGCACUCAAAACGACAAUGCGACCAAAGCUGUCGCUGCAGGAGUUGACCGAAACGGUCAACAGAAAGUGCCAGAAGCACCAGCACCACCGGGGUCAGAAUCGCAGGAAUUGUCACCGGGGCCGUCACAGGCAACUCAACCCGGAGGAGGAGAAGCGUCACAAAUGACAAGUGCAAAGAUAGACACCGAGGGUCAAAAAGAAGAAGAAAAAACGGAUGAAAAAGAAGAGAAGGAGGAAAAGGACGAAGCCGAAGAAGACGAAGAAGACGAAGAGGAAGAGGAGGAAGAGGAAGAGGAAGAGGAAGAGGAAGGGGAAGAAGGGGAGGAAGAGGAAACGGAUGACCAAGAGGAUGAUAGAAGGGAGGACGGAGAGGAUGAUAAGAAGCAAGAGGAGGAGAAAAAGAAAGAAGAAGCUGUUACCGGCACCACAGAGGUGAUCUCAGCAGGCGGUGGAGAGCAGCCAAGUUUAUCUUCUGGUGCGGAGGGAGCAUCGAAUACAACAAAUCCCAACAGCACACCAAAAACUGGAGACGAUGAUCCAGCAGCUGAUGGUGCAGGGACAGCAGCGGGAAAACAAAAUGAAAAUAAAGAUGUCAAUCCGAAAGAAACACCAGUGACGGCCGCAGCCACGAAAAAUACGACGGCGACGACUGGCGACAGUGACGGCAGCACCGCGGUCUCCCACACCACCUCCCCUCUUUUGCUUCUUCUUAUUGUUGCUUGUGCGGCUGCUGCUGCGGUGGUGGCCGCGUGA